CAUAACUGUUUUGAAUUUCAAAGAAAAACAAUUGAAACAAAAAAACUACAGGACAUAUUGAAUUUCCGUAAGUAAUGAAACCUUGUAAGGGUCUCAUUUUCUUUACAUCUUGUUAAUGACAUACUGAAAUCAACUACAUCACAGGAAACCAGCUUGUGCUUACAACAUGAAGGAGAAAUUUUUAAAGUACGUAGCCUUACUCACUCUGUUUUCAACAAUAGUUGAACCAAAGCGAACAAUAGAAAAGCAUGGUCACCAGUCCAAGAGGAAUGCAAUUAUUCACAAGCCGAUUAAACCUAAUCUGAUUUCCAGACACAAGAAACAUGAUAUCUUCACACUAGCAGCCCCACCGAGCAUCAGUUCGUUGCUUCCCUCGGCGAGUCACGUGGCCUUGAUGCCUAAUGGCGUGCCAACUGCAGCUGGGAAAUACAUCCAUCACUUAAUGCAUCAUCAUCCGCUCAACAUCCCGGUUUAUCAUGGUUAUAGUCCAAAAGGCGUCUACCCAGUUCAUUUACCACAACAUUAUGGACCACUUGGUCCAUUCGGGCACCACGUGUUCUACCGACACGGUCUGUGGAGACGCGGUGACAGGCUCGGUUUAGGAUAUGGUGCACCCUAUCCCUACGCACAUGGUUUUGUUCGUAGUCCAUGGUACACCUCUUUAAGACACGGCUUGGGUUAUGGUUACCAUCACCAGUUUAGACAUGGACUUUGGCGUGGUCUGCAUGUUGGACAUGUUCCAGGUAAUUACGUAUUUCGUCGUGCAUAUCGACAUGGUUCAGGUUAUGGUUAUGGACACGGAUAUCCAGGAUAUGGUCAUUUUACUGGAAACUGGUUUCAUCCGUUGAGGGGCUGGUACCCAUAUUCCUUUGAUCACAGCGUGGAUUUACGAGGCGACAGUGGCCCGGACAUCAUGUUUGUCGAAAAAAGUUCCAUACCUGCUUCCAAAGGUUCUUGGCUUGGAAGUAAGACUAACCCUCGUCGCUUACUCAAGACCAGACAUAAGUCGACACUGACGAAACGAGUGCGUGCACACUUUCCAGUCAGGCCCUCCUACCGUCGUUUCCCAUUAAGGCGCAAUGUCAUUCCGGUAGCCUUCCGCAUUCAACGUUUAAAGAUAAGCCUGCCUUUGUUGAAGAGAAUGCUAAAGCGUUCGAAGAUUUACAAAAAGAUUAUUAAGUCUCAAAUAAAUAAAGCAACAGGCUAUGUUCGGCGAUCUGAACAAGCAAAUGACAGCAAGAAGACAAAGUAGAGAUCAUACAUGACCAUAAAAAAAUAGGUCACAGAUGUCAUGUUUGAACGGAUUUGUCUUUUACAAGUCCUCAAUCUGACAAGAAUAAAGAGUUUAUAACCGAUUCACGUAUGGUUAACAGGUUCGUUUAGUUCUGUCCAAGAAUUCCUGUCUUUUGUCAGUCUAUCGUAUUAAUUAAAAGGAGCUACUAACAUAAGAAGUUCAAGAGAAGUACUUUUUAUUUGCAUCCGUGGCAUUAUAUUACCCGCAACUGUAUAUUCUUGAACUGAUCCUACCCGCACUGUUUGGGGCCUGGACACAGACAAGAAAAGACAAGAUAGCUCCCAUGUACAUUUACAAGAUACUGCCACGUUCCCCCAUUUUACGGGGGUAAACUUAUCUAGUAAUAAUGUCCAAUUUAGGAUGAGGGUGUACAAGAGGUGGGUAGAGUCUGCAUACUAGCCAAGGGGCCCAUCAAGCCAGCGCUUUUCUCCGGUUUCUGUAGACUAGGAAUAUUUCUGCUUCCCUUGGAUGGGAUGGUAGUCCAUCGCAGGGUUACC